ACGGUUGACGGUGGAUUCGUCUCAAAAAAUCUUCAAAUUUUUGUAAACUAAAAACAACCCAAAAAUGUAGAUUUUUUUUACAAAAUUUAAAAUAAUUUGAUUAAAAACUCGAUAAAAAAUGUAUCUGUAAAAAUAAAAUCAUCCAAAAUUUUCUUCGUUAUAUAUUACGUAAAUUAAAAUUAUUACUGGCUGUUUGUAAACAAUUGAUAAAUUUUCGAUACUGAAUUUGAAAAUGUCGUGCUCGCGAAAUUUUUAUCAUCGAUGAACACAAAUUCCUCUCGUCCUAAAAAUGGAUUUAGGAUUAACGACGUUUCUCUUUCUCAUUAUAAACUGCAUAUUGAUGAUUUUAGGUAUAGCGAAAAUCGUGAUAGCAAUUAUCCUAACAAUUAUUUCUCUAUUCACAUUUACACACAUAAAAGAGGCCAGUUUCUGCGCUUAUAUCAGUAAUGCUGUCAUUUAUGGUAUGAACGAAAUAGCCAUCUUCGUUUUGGGUAUUUUGGCCGGAAAUAAAAAUAACGUUCGAUUUAUAAAUACGUAUCUAGUUUUUGUAUUAUUAUUAAUUUUAUCGAAAUUCUUCUCGCUGCAUCAUAUGAGUCAAAUGGAAGGCCGAAUGAAGGAAGAUUUGAAUUUUUCGCUUACCGAUGCAAUGGCCGAUCAAAGGGCUCAAACUGUUGCCUCGUCAAAAGCUGACGACAUACAACGUGAUCUCCAAUGUUGCGGUACAGACGGUCCAGGAUUCUGGACUAGGAAAAACAUUACGUUUCCGAUACCUAAAUCAUGUUGUCCGAGCAAUGUAGAUUCAUGUGAUGCUUCAAAGGCUUACAAAGAAGGAUGUUACGAUAAAGUUGUUGCUAGUUUACCACGUCAUACGCUCGCAGUAUAUAAAAUACUAAUGAUACCUGCGUGUGAAAUAAUCCUAUUUCUUGUUGGAGUUGCAUUGGUUAUAAUGGUUAUAAGAACAUCGUCCAAUUCUUUAGCAUGAUCUAUGAAAUCAUUCAAGAUGAGACAAAUCAAUAUUAUUAUUAUGGCCACUGUAUCAGGUUAAUUUUAUCGUGUUUUAUCGAUGUAAAUAAAUGUUAUUGUUUUCUUGUU